GUUACCAAGGCUUUGAAUUGGAAACGCUAAACAGCACAGAACUUUUGACCAAUAAAGCAGUUGUGGUAUACAAACCGAAUGUGAUUCUUUCUGAUACUGAUGAAACGGACUAUUCGGCAGUAAACUGAAUUAAACGACCAUGACUUCAACAACUACGGAGGAAGUGUCAACAUUGGCAAACCAGCAACAAGAACUUCUGCUUGCGUGUGCUAGAGGCGAUGUCAAAUAUCUCGGUGAGUAUGUGAUCAGUGGAAGAGAUAUAGAAGGAAUUAAAGGCCUGCACGGGCGUAAUGUUCUUCAUUAUUGUGUGCUCGAUCCAAAGAGUAAAAAUGUGUAUCCAGUGGAUAGUAUUUUCGAGCAGCGAGACAGGCUAAAGUGUGCAAGAAUUAUAAUGAAAACUGCUAAUCAUCUAAUAGAAAGACCAGAUGAUCACGGACUAUCCCCUUUACAUCUUGCUGUGAUCAAAAAUGAUGUAGAUUUCAUUAGAACCAUGCUUGAAUUCAAUCCGUUCAUGGGUGUGAAGACAGCUAAGCGAACUGUGACAACAUCAGACUCGGAAUAUGGGCCGUUCGGUGUUACGGGUCGAACUCCUAUCCACCUGGCCACCAUUUACGAAUGUGUGGAUUCGCUAAAAGUUCUUUUGCAAGCAGACGUCUCACCAGCAAUCAAUUUACUGGAUGAUCAAGGGGCGGCAGCUGUCCACUAUGCUGUUCAGCUUCCUAGUCCAGGUGAAGAGAUGAUUCUCGACCUUUUGAUCUCAAAGGGUCACGCUGAGUUAAAUAUCACAGAUCUGCACGGCCGGUCCGCAUUGAUUUGGGCGGCUACUAUUGGAGCCACGAACGCAGUGGACACUUUGUUGAGGUUGGGCGCCAAACUGAACCUCAAGGACGAAUGUGGUCUGACGGCGCUUCACUGCGCUGCAUCCAGGGGGCAUGCGUCUAGUGUACAAUGUAUUCUCGACUGGAUUCGCGUUGCAAACAUGGACGACUUGUCGAGGAUGGGAACUUUUCGAGAUGUAGUUGACAGAGAUGGCUGCACACCUGUAUUUUACUCCGUUACCCUUGGCCACACGGAAGUAACCAAAGCGCUGCUAAAUGCCGGAGCCCGAGUGGACGUUUCCGAUUCAAAGGGGAGAACACUUGCCCAUUGUCUGGCUCGUGCACAAACGGUACAAACGGAAGACUGCAAGCACAAACUAACCAAUCACUUAUCCCAGCUGGCUAACGCAGGUUUGGAUUUGUGGAAGGCAAACAAAGCAGGUGCGACGCCGCUUCAUGAGGCCUGUUUGUUGCUCAACGUCACUUUCGUCAAUGAGCUGUGUAAGGACAAUAGAUUUCAGGAGCUGGUCAACCAGAAAGAUUCGCAGGGACACACGCCGCUGCACUUAGCGGUAGCUGCCUCAUGGAGUGGGGAUCCCACCGGAAUGAAAUUGUGCGCUCUCCUACUCAAACAUGGAGCAAACGUGAAUACUAUGACACAGCUUCCGCACGGGGGUGCCGUGACUGCUUUAGACCUAGCUAUCAUGAAUGAAUCUGAAGAAGGUAUACACGAAGGACCAAUGCAUCGACUUCUAAUUCACUAUGGAGCCAAGACGGUUGACGGUCUUCUAAAGGAUAAAACAGAAGAAGCUGUGGAACAACAGUUGUUAGGGAGCCGUCAACGAAGUAAAUCACCCGAUGUGUUUGAAGUGGAUGCACGCCCCAUUGGAGAUUCCAGAGGUUUCUCGGUAGACAGUCGUUUGCGAGACCCACCGGAUUCGCUUGCUGACGAAACCAGAGCAACAAAUAUUGACAAGCACGCCUACAAACUGAAUGCUGUCGUUGACAAAUCAACCAAUACAAAAGCAGGAGAUGAAAAACAAACAGUGUCACAUCGACACCUUGUAGAUACAGUCUCUGCCAGAACGAAGGAAUUGAUCUCCCGUGGUACGCAAACUUCCCUUGACUUCCAAACCAACCGCAUGCAUGAGAGUUCCUCUUUGAAUGAACUGAGCAUCCGUUGCACUGGUCCACAUAGUCAACACGUCGUCGUAUGUCUGCCUGGAGACUGUGGCGAGAGCGGACGGAAAAAUAAGAAACCGCACGUAAAAACAUCACAUAUUUCCCAGAAAAUGAUGUCGAAAAUGGCCGCAAAGAAGAUAUCAGGUAAUUCACUUAAAGGGCGAGACGCAAAUCGCUCAGCUGCAACUCAUAUCACCAACACCGAAACAAGCAACUUGUGCACAAGUAGAGGAAACCGACGCGUAGUGACCAGCAGGAGUAGGUCGCAUCAGCCGAAAGCAACGGGAAAGCAUACAGAUGAAGUGAGUAAAAGUCGACCAAUUCCCAACCAGUAUGACUUGUUAUGUAUAGAUAAAAGUAUACCAGCCAUUUUGGAUCGUUAUAUGCACCGCGGAACCCAGGACUUGUCACAUUUGACUCGUAAUUCGAAGAUUAAUAAACCGGCGUUAUCUCCCUACUUAAUUCCACUAGUCCCAACUGUGUCUUCCGUAAGCCGCCAAUGGGCACCUUCCGUCAUCCGACCGGAUUUACAUCAUACUAGAAGCGCAAGGAAAUAUGCCAAUUCAACGAGGCAAACUGGUCGCGAUAAAUCCUCCGACAAUAAGUAUGUACCGCGUGACAUAGAAACACAGGGAUCAUCCGCAUCAUCCUGCAGUCACCAGCGACAUUGUGUCCAUCAGAGUAAGAAAACUGAGUAUGACCGGCUGUUAACUCAGUUGGCGGAAUUGAAUAAUCAACUGCGAUUUACGCCUAGUUCACGCAAACCACGUCCUGACGGCCGUGCAAAGGAUGCGUUCGAGCAAAUCCAUACUACAGCUUCCCAAAGGGUGCAAACUUCUGCAAUGGGCGAACAGCUCUCCCAAGUCGGGUGACAAGGGUAUCCAGUUGCGUAUGCACUCCCAGAGAAUUCCAAAACUGCAGUGUGGCUUGCAGAAAAGCAAAGAAUGAAGAUGAGAACAAGUUAUAUAUGAAGUGUGGACACGAACUUUUCAACUUGAUGUGCCUUUCUAAUCCAGCACCGAGUUUGUGCUUGAGUAAUCUGUAAAAAUAGCCAUCGGUUUCAGGAAAACACGGACAAGUUAUUUCCUGAAGGACAGAAUCCACAUCUGCAAGACCCGCACAAAGUAUGCAUUAUUCUUUUUACUAAACUGCUUAUUUUGAUAAUAAGCUGGUUUGAGCAUCCGUGUUAAACUCAGAUGCGAAUAUUCAUGUGACAAUUGUGGCUCAACGACGCUUGAUUUUAGUAAGUAGUCCGGUUCCACUUCUCAUUGAGCUACACACAGGUUUUCGAUACUUCUCAUAACAUGAGCAGCCAUAUACACUUACUGUUGGU